GGGCCGGCCGGACGGGCGGGCGCGCGGGCGGGGACUCGGCGCGGGAGCCCUCCCGGCCGGCGGUGGCAGCCCCUCCCCGAGGCUCUCAGGACCCCCAGGACCCAAGGUGCCGGCGGCGGCGGCGGCGGCCCGCCGUGCUGCACCUGGAACCAUGAGCGAGGCCCGCAGGGACAGCACGAGCAGCCUGCAGCGCAAGAAGCCCCCCUGGCUGAAGCUGGACAUUCCAGCGGCGGUGCCUCCGGCGGCGGAGGACCCCAGCUUCCUGCAGGCGGGCCCUGGCCAGCACGGGCUGUGGGUCCAUCCUGCCCAGCCCCCUCACCAUGACCCCGUCACCCAGCCCCUGAGGCGCCAGGCUUUCUUGCGGAGUGUGAGCAUGCCGGCUGAGACAGCUCACGUCCCUUCGCCUUACCAUGAGCCCCGGCGGCCGGUGCUGCAUCGCCAGACGUCGAUCACACAGACCAUCCGCAGGGGCACCGCUGACUGGUUCGGAGUGAGCAAGGACAGUGACAGCACCCAGAAGUGGCAGCGCAAGAGCAUCCGCCACUGCAGCCAGCGUUAUGGGAAGCUGAAGCCCCAGGUCAUCCGGGAGCUGGACCUGCCCAGCCAGGACAACGUGUCGCUCACCAGCACGGAGACGCCCCCGCCGCUGUAUGUGGGGCCAUGCCAGCUGGGCAUGCAGAAGAUCAUAGACCCCCUGGCCCGGGGCCGGGCCUUCCGCAUGGCGGAUGACACCGCCGACGGCCUGAGUACCCCGCACACGCCCGUCACUCCCGGUGCCGCCUCCCUCUGCUCCUUCUCCAGCUCCCGCUCAGGCUUCAACCGGCUUCCGCGGAGGCGCAAGCGUGAGUCUGUGGCCAAGAUGAGCUUCCGCGCGGCCGCAGCACUGGUGAAGGGUCGCUCGGUGAGGGACGGCACCUUGCGCAGGGCGCAGCGCCGGAGCUUCACUCCCGCCAGCUUCCUGGAGGAGGACACGGCGGACUUCCCCGAUGAGCUGGACACCUCCUUCUUUGCCCGGGAAGGUGUCCUUCAUGAGGAGCUGUCCACAUAUCCAGACGAGGUGUUCGAGUCCCCAUCAGAGGCAGCGCUCAAGGACUGGGAGAAGGCCCCGGACCAGGCGGACCUCACGGGAGGGGCCCUGGACCGCACGGAGCUGGAGCGCAGCCACCUGAUGCUGCCCCUGGAGCGCGGCUGGCGGAAGCAGAAGGAGGGUGGCACUGUGGCCCCGCAGCCCAAGGUGCGGCUGCGUCAGGAGGUGGUGAGCACAGCGGGCCAGCGGCGGGGCCAGCGUAUCGCGAUGCCAGUGCGCAAGUUCUUCGCCAGGGAGAAGCGGCCUUAUGGGCUGGGCAUGGUGGGCCGGCUAACCAACCGCACCUACCGCAAACGGAUCGACAGCUACGUCAAACGCCAGAUCGAGGACAUGGAUGACCACAGGCCCUUCUUCACCUACUGGCUCACCUUCGUGCACUCGCUCGUCACCAUUCUCGCCGUGUGCAUCUAUGGCAUCGCGCCUGUGGGCUUCUCGCAGCAUGAGACCGUGGACUCGGUGCUGCGGAACCGAGGGGUCUAUGAGAAUGUCAAGUAUGUGCAGCAGGAGAACUUCUGGAUCGGGCCCAGCUCGGAGGCUCUCAUUCACCUGGGCGCCAAGUUCUCGCCCUGCAUGCGCCAGGACCCGCAGGUGCAUAGUUUCAUCCGCGCCGCGCGGGAGCGGGAGAAGCACUCGGCCUGCUGCGUGCGCAACGACCGGUCGGGCUGCGUGCAGACCUCGGAGGAGGAGUGCUCGUCCACGCUGGCAGUGUGGGUGAAGUGGCCCUCCCAUCCCAGCGCCCCCGACCUCGCCGGCCACAAGAGGCAGUUCGGUUCUGUCUGUCACCAGGACCCCAGGGUGUGUGAUGAGCCCUCCUCUGAGGACCCCCAUGAGUGGCCAGAUGACAUCACCAAGUGGCCGAUCUGCACCAAAAGCAGCGCCGGGAACCACACCAACCACCCCCACAUGGACUGUGCCAUCACGGGCCGGCCCUGCUGCAUCGGCACCAAGGGCAGGUGUGAGAUCACCUCCCGGGAGUACUGUGACUUCAUGAGGGGCUACUUCCACGAGGAGGCCACGCUCUGCUCUCAGGUGCACUGCAUGGACGACGUGUGCGGGCUCCUGCCCUUCCUCAACCCCGAGGUGCCCGACCAGUUCUACCGCCUGUGGCUGUCCCUCUUCUUGCACGCUGGCAUCCUGCACUGCCUGGUGUCGGUCUGCUUCCAGAUGACUGUCCUGCGGGACCUGGAGAAGCUAGCAGGCUGGCACCGCAUAGCCAUCAUCUACCUGUUGAGUGGCGUCACUGGUAACCUAGCCAGUGCCAUUUUCCUGCCAUACCGGGCGGAGGUGGGCCCGGCCGGCUCGCAGUUUGGCAUCCUGGCCUGCCUCUUCGUGGAGCUCUUCCAGAGCUGGCAGAUCCUGGCUCGGCCCUGGCGUGCCUUCUUCAAGCUGCUGGCGGUGGUCCUCUUCCUCUUCACCUUUGGGCUGCUGCCCUGGAUCGACAACUUUGCCCACAUCUCGGGCUUCAUCAGCGGCCUCUUCCUCUCCUUUGCCUUCCUGCCCUACAUCAGCUUUGGCAGGUUUGACCUGUACCGGAAGCGCUGCCAGAUCAUCGUCUUCCAGGUGGUCUUCCUGGGCCUCCUGGCCGGCCUGGUGGUCCUCUUCUACUUCUACCCCGUCCGCUGCGAGUGGUGCGAGUUCCUCACCUGCAUCCCCUUCACUGACAAGUUCUGUGAGAAGUACGAGCUGGACGCCCAGCUCCACUGAGCUGGUGGGGGCGCUGGGGCCACGGGCCUCCAGCAGGCUGGAGCCAGGCAGACUGCCCACCGAGCCCCACGCCACGGGACUGUCAGCAAGCCCUGUGGGCGUCCUGCCCGUUUCCUGGACAUAGACCUCUGUGCCUCGUUCACUGCUGUUGAACCUCUCGUACUUCCGGGCAUUUAUUACACUAGUUCCUGUGAUUACCUUCUAACUAGUCUCCUGACGACCACCUCAUGUGGCCAAUAAAUGGACUGGGAGCGUUUUAGCUGCCACUAACUUGA